CCACUUGGGCAGAAGUAUAAACUGAGUCGUACACAAGUAUAUAUUUAGACGUACCGAGAUGGAAUCAUAUCAACAAUUUGAUGAAAUUUUGAUAUUUCAUUUUAACUCGUACCUGCUUCCAUAUAUUUUCUAUACUGUAGCUGAUAAGAUAAUAUUCGCAUCUUUCAUCCAAUAUUUCACGAAAAGUAGAGAGAGAAUGACUGCGAGGAAUAAAGCAGGAUAGCAGAGGGAGGCGAGAGGAAGCGGGAAUGUGGAAACUAUAAGACAGCAGUAUGGCAUCAAGUUAUUUUUUUUACACUCCCUUGCCUAUUGCCCUGGUUUUUGCUUUCACUUGCCAGUUGGAAUAUAACUACCAAAGAGAAUAGGUUUCGCUGUAAAGAAACGGAAUUUAGUGCAAAUAAUAUAUUUUAAUCUUCAAUUUCUUCUUUUUUAACUACCAAACCUACAUCUUUUUGUUUUAUAAAAAUUAUCGACAUGAGACGACAGUUCUCUGUUUCUCGAUGCUUGAAACCGAUCACAGACCGUUAGAAUUACCACGGUACCUCGUGGUCGUUGAAUAUCCACAACUUUGUCAUUUGCUAUUAUCUAGAUCAACACAGAACAUUCAACCUUUCUUUGACUUUUUGCAGAAGGAUAAUUACUAAACACAUCAAGAUUCGAAUCUCAAGAUAAUUUUAAAAUCAAUUGGUAUGAUCAAAGGCAAAAAGGUGCUGUUGUUUUGCAUUUUGAUCGUUGUCAUAUACAUAGCGUUCAUCCACAAUAUAUUUCGGAAACCUUUACAAGCACAACUUAGGGUUAAAGUGAAUAACAAAAAAAUUGACAUCAUUGAUUUAAGGAGACACCAACUUAGGAUUACCAAAGAGAAUGAUCUCAUUGAAAGAGAUGUACCCCGUUAUUUGCUCAAUUACCGAAACCCCUGUUGGCUUGAAACUAUACAUUCAGCUGGUGUCUACGUAGACAACCCUUAUUUAAGUUUGACAGAGAACACACAGAAAGAAAUGAUUCGAUUAACCGUGAAAUGGGGGAAACUACUCAGUAAGACAAACAGCAGCACAAAACCGAAACGGUUACGAUGUCUUCCAUACCUUUAUGUUGCUGGCAUGCCGAAAUCAGGAACCACGGAUUUUUAUCGACGCCUCAAUGUACAUCCCGAUAUUGUGAAAGGACAAAGAAAAGAACCUCACUGGUGGACGAGAAUGAGGUUUAGUGAACUUAAGAGGACCAAUCGCUCAUCAAUUAAUAUUUACAUUGAUUUAUUUGAUGGGGCAGCUGAAAAGAUUGAAUUGGAUAAAUCUCACUCAAAGAUUACAAGUGACUCAAGCGCAUCAACAUUAUGGGACAAUGAUUUUUGGCGUUCAUUCCCUGGCAAUGCUAACCUAGAUGAACCAGAAUUGUUAAACGCUCAUUAUAUUCAUCACUUUACACCUGGUAUUAAAGUCAUUGUACUUCUAAGAAAUCCUAUCGAAAGACUCUUCUCCGAUUAUUUGUAUUUUGGCAAGUUCAACAAAUCUGUGGAAAACUUUCAUGAGAGAGUUGUGGAUACCAUUGCGUUAUAUGAAAACUGCUUCAAAAACGAAACACUACGGAAAUGUGCAUAUGACUCCAAACUAGGACUUCUGUCGGGAGUCAGACUUCGUAUAGGCUUAUACUGGAUCUACUUAAAGGAUUGGUUCAACGUAUUUCCAGUGAAAAAUUUCUUAAUCAUUCGGAGUGAGGAUUACAAACGAUGCGUUUUAUGUGUCUUUAAGAAAGUCUUUCGCUUCCUUGGAUUAAAGAAACUGGAUAAGGUUAAAGAGCGAGCUCUGACCAGUCUUCCCCCGGCAAACACUCGAAAGGAUGCUACACGUAAUAUUGGACCAAUAAUGAAUGAAACAUAUGCACUAUUGCAAAAAUUCUAUCAACCUCAUAAUGAGGAAUUGGUAAAGUUACUAAACAGAACAGCUUUUUAUUGGUCUGAUGAUACAUUAGACUGAAGAGGAAAAGGAACUCAAGAGAUUCUAUGAAGUCUCCAGGCACAAAUGCAUAUCAUUUGAAAGAAUGAUAAAUUAAGGGUUUCUUUUCAUUUCAUCUGCCAGAUUUUGGCAUAUUUCUCACCAUUCUUUCCAAACAUUUAUCAAAACACUUUUAUUUCCUCUAUGAGGAUAUGUGUCUUUAAAGUAAAAAGUAAAUUUCGUCAUCUCAGUUAAUUUUUAUUUUCCAUUUUUCAAUUAUUACAUGGCAUUUUCAAGAAAAUUCAUGUAUAUUUUAAUUCUGAAUAUAUUUAAGUUAAACAUAAAUAUAAUUCUUUGUGGUUACUUUAAAAGAAAAUGUAAAUUUCAAACUUCAUUCACAUCACUCAAUGCACCUGUAAAAACUUAACGAACAAACUUUUUACUGCCAUCGUUUGCCAUGACCACCUGGGUUGGUCACUUAUGCAUAAACAUUCAUAAAAACUUAAGUAUACUUUUCAUUUAUUCUUUUGCUAAUUUACUUCAAUAAAGUGAGAGUGAGCAGUUUGCAAACAUGGGAAACAGCUUACUGCAAAUUGUAUCACCUCAAUUACAAAAUA